AUGCCCACCGCAAAUCUGACAGAGAUCUGUGGUGUUGGAGCUGUGGUCUGGUGGUCACACGAACUGUCAGAGUGUGAGAACAAGCGGAACAGUGUUCGACAAGCGCGAGUGUCCCGGGCGCAGACGAUGCCUGAAGGGCAAUCACGUACAAUCUCAGCCAAGCUUGCAAGCUCGUGCCUAACCUCAUGCUCCAACACAGAGUUGCCGCCAAAACUCUCUACUAUGUUCAAGUGCAUGGAGUUGGCCAAGCACUUGCAGAAGGACAACACUCUGCAGUUAGCUUGGGUGGUCAAUAACUGGACACCCGUCGACCCAGACAAUAUAAUUGCACAGCACGGUGAUGUCUAUGACACCCACAACCGUUACCAUUGUUACGCAUUAGCAGAGUUCAAAAAUUUUAGACUCCCAGACGACGCGACUUGCACCAACACCACCAAACAAAUGCUGUGGCUCAGUGCUUUGUCCUGGGGUGAGGGCCCAAGAAACGCUUCCAGUGGCACCCAAUAUGGCAACUGGUGA